AUACGCGUGUGCGAGAAUACAAGGUGGAAAAAGAGACGAAGGAAGAGAGAGAGAGAGAGAGAGGGAGAGUGAGCGAGAGGCAAAGGCUCGUCGGACGGGAUAUAUUCGAAGCGGUGCGCCACACACAUUUUCAACGGAAGGUCGUUAUUUUACCGCGUGAAUAUCUCUCGUUUCGUAAAUUUAUUUUCGAAUACUACGGAUUAGUUUUGACGUGGACACAUCGAACCUUCCCGAUGAAUUGUUGCAACCGGAACUAGUCGGAGGCUGCGACCACGGUGGUGUUCGUUCGUGAUUCAGUUCGACUCGGGUAGUUGACUCGAUUCUGGAUAACCUGAUUGCGGUUCACGGCUCGAAGUGUCAGCUCGUCGAUAGGCGUGACAGCCCGUCGACUGGCUCGUCCGGCUUCUGGCCUCCGUUUUUCUUGGUACCACCGACUCGUGUGUGUCCGAUACACAAUGUUCACGGGAACGGUGAAGAUCGAAAUCUGCGAGGCAGUCGGACUGAGGGCCACGGACAAACAACGGAAGUUUUGGCAGGAUGAACCUAUACUCGACCCCUACGUUCAGCUGAAUGUCGACGAGAAUCAUCUCGAUCGAUCAUCUGCCAAGGUGAAAACCUCUGACCCGGCCUGGUACGAAUCAUUCACCUACAAAGUUCAGAACGCAGUGAUGCUGGGUCUCACUGUCUUCCACGACGCGGGACCCAUACUGCCGGAUUACUUCGUCGCAAACUGCAGUAUACCCUUCGCAGAACUCCUCAGCAGAAACGACCAAACCUCCGAUAUUUGGGUCGACCUUGAGCCACAAGGAAAGUUAAGAGUGAAGGUUGAUCUGGUGUGCAAUGACCAAGGUUGUAGUACAAGUAAUGGAGAGGGAAUCAGGAUCGGUGGUGGAGGGAGUAUCACUACCAGGAAAGAAUCCAAAAGGGAGUUCAGAGAACGACAAGGUUUUAAUCGGCGGAGGGGUGCAAUGCGCCGUAGGAUUCACCAAGCAAAUGGUCACAAGUUUAUGGCUACCUUUCUGAGGCAACCGACUUUCUGUUCUCACUGCCGCACAUUCAUAUGGGGCUUGGGCAAGCAAGGUUAUCAAUGUCAAGUGUGCACAUUAGUAGUUCACAAAAGAUGUCACAAUUCGGUUAUUACGAGAUGCCAUGGCAUGAAGGAUGAGACAACUCGUGAUACAGAAAGUACACGGUUCAACAUUGAUGUGCCACAUCGUUUUGUUCUUCGCAAUUAUAAGAGCUUGACAUUUUGUGACCAUUGUGGCUCUCUUUUGUAUGGCUUUGUCAAACAAGGGUACCAUUGCGAAGAGUGCAAUACGAACGUUCAUAAAAGAUGUCAGAAAAAUGUAGCAAACAACUGUGGUAUAGAUACAAAGGCUAUGGCUGACCUUUUAAGUGAAAUGAAAAUAUCCCCUGACAAACAUACAAAAUAUCCAAAGAGUAAUUAUAAAAUAACAACUCGACAACCUGCCCAAAGACCUCUAAAUGUUACCGUAAAUGAUACGUUACCAACGGAUAAUUUACAACCAGUUAUAAACGAAGAAGAGAAACAAAUUAUAUCCAUGAAACACAAAGUACCUGCUAAUGAAAAUCAAAUUAGGAAGUUAGGCAUAGAUGACUUUAAUUUCAUCAAAGUUCUCGGUAAAGGUAGUUUCGGAAAAGUAAUGUUGGUGGAACGGAAAACCAAUCCGGACGAAGUUUACGCUGUGAAGAUUCUAAGAAAGGAGGUGCUUCUACAAGAUGAUGAUGUGGAUUGUACUAUGACAGAAAAGCGAAUUUUAACUCUGGCAGCAAGACAUCCGUUUUUAACAGCUAUUCAUAGUUGUUUCCAAACAAGCGACCGGUUAUUUUUCGUUAUGGAGUUUGUAAAUGGUGGUGACUUAAUGUUUCAUAUUCAGAAAGCUCGAAAAUUUGAUGAAGCCAGAGCACGUUUUUAUGCUGCGGAAGUUACACUGGCGUUACAGUUUCUUCAUAAACAUCACGUUAUUUAUCGAGAUUUGAAAUUAGACAAUAUUUUGCUCGACCAAGAAGGUCACUGUAAAUUAGCUGAUUUUGGAAUGUGCAAAGAAGGCAUUAUCGAAGGGGAAACAACUACAGCAACGUUUUGUGGUACACCCGACUAUAUCGCGCCAGAAAUUCUGAAAGAAUUACCAUAUGGUGCAAGCGUUGAUUGGUGGGCACUUGGUGUAUUAAUGUAUGAAAUGAUGGCUGGUCAACCACCCUUCGAAGCCGACACUGAGGACGAGUUGUUCCAAACUAUUUUGAGAGAAAGUGUGGUUUAUCCGGUAUGGAUCUCCGAAGAAGCCACAUCGAUCUUAGUAGGAUUCAUGACGAAAAAUCCCAACGAAAGGUUAGGUUGUGUUGCAGCUAAUGGCCGUGAAGAGGCCAUAAAAGCUCAUCCAUUUUUUCAAUCGAUCGAUUGGGAUGCACUCGAGGCGCGUAAAAUAAGGCCACCCAUCAGGCCUAGAAUCAGAAGCGACAAGGAUACUAUGAAUUUCGACGCAGAAUUCACAGGAGAGGAUCCUGUAUUAACGCCUGAGGAUCCGGAAGAAGUAAGCUGCAUCAAUCAAGAGGAAUUCCAGGGCUUCUCUUACGUGAACAAGGAUUUCAAUCCUGGGAGAUUUACAGCGCAAUAAGAAAGCGACGAUUGAAGCACAGGAUACGAUGUUAAUAUCUUAACGCUUCUCGCUUAAAAAAUUGGCGAAGACGCCAAUCUGCAAAGCUGAACAUCGGCGAUUAUGAAGCUGCUCGGGGUCUCCUUUGUAUUUCGUCUCCGCUGAGGAUCAUUUUAUCUAUUACCAGAACCAACUUUCAAGUAUGGAAACAUUGCGGUGGAGAUCGUUGAAGAAUUCGGAAACUUCAGUCAGGCUUUCGACGCGUCUGUUUCUCACAAAACGUGGCGUUUUGGUAUGGAUAUCGUGGCGUUUAUUUAGCAUAAACACAAAAACGCGAUUCGGAUCUGAUCGCAGGUGUCUCAAGAUAUGGCGAUAAGUCGCAGAUUCCUUUUCAUUUUCAUGAAAAGCCAGAGGCAAGCGUGAUCGAGAGGAAACGCCAAACGGGAGGUUUUAUUUGAGAUGUUAAUUGAAAACAACGUACUUUGAACUUGAGUACCCGGUUAAAGGAAUUAGUACAAAAAGGGAAGCUAGUAAAGAAAGACGCUCUUUGUUGAGAUUGCAGGAUCGCUGGGCGAUCCGACAUUUUCCGUUGAAUUGAUACUCUUCAAAAGGUGUGUGUAAUGUAAUACUAUUAGAAAACUCUACGGAAGUAUUAGAAGAGAACGGAGGAUUUAAGUCGAUAAGAAUGUUGCAGCGACUUUUUGAUCGUGCAUUUCGUUUCCUCUCUGAACGCUUUUAGAGGACGUAUCCCUCGACAAAGUAUUUUAUACCAGUGAAGAGAAAGGUGAAAUUAAUAGCACAGGAAUGCUUCGAGUCUGAAAGAUAUGGAAAAUAUGUAUGUCGUUACGACAUCUUCUUCUUUAUUUUUUAUUUUUUAUUUUUUUUUUUAUUUAAAUUGAACAUUCGAUUCCACUGAAAUGAAUCUGGAGGAAAUCUUUUCUGACGCAUAGACUCACGGUUAAAUCUUGUCUAAAGACUUGACACUUAUUAACGCAUUUUCGUUUGUGUAUUUUUUUCCUGGUUAGCGCUUGCACGCUGCAGGAUAGUUUUGUUACAAAUCAUUCUUUUUUCAAACGCAACACAGAUGAUUAAGAAAUCUUGCUUAAAAUAUAAAUCGAGUCUUAGGUUUUUAGUGUAGUGUCGAAUCACUAGUGAUCAAGACUGAACGUAAGAUGGGCUUAAGUUUUAAGUGAACAGCCGGCGCAAUUCUAAAUGUCGAGCCUGUAUAAAAGAGAAAAAUCUGUGCACAUAGCAUAAAAAGAUACUAUCGAAGGAAAACGAAACAUGAGAAGUUACGGUCCAGUUCGAGCAAAAAGGUCUGGUAUUUUCAAACGAUCGAAACUUUUCGUCGAGCUUUACCCAGAGGAGCAUCUCGCAGCGCUUCUCCGAUAGGAUUAUAAAUUAAAUUUCUCAUAAACAAAAACAAAACCACACAAGCCACUCAAGGACCAUGGUCUCCUGGUGAAGAUUGAGCAGGAUACGAUCUGACCAGUCGACCAUGCGGUUUCAUACUUAACAUAAAAGUUUUAAGCGAUCAUAGACGCGAUGGUGUCCACUGGUGGUCACCGUCAAAGUUAUAUAAGAUAUAUAUAUGUAUGUGUAAACACGCAUAUACCUAUCUUAAACGAUAUGCCUAAACAAAAAUUUUAUGGACAAAAAAACGAGACUCGCGGUCACGUCCAUUCGAGACGAUCAGACAUUUAACCGCGAAGAAUUCUCAGUGUAUCUUUGAGUUCUUGGUAAAUGGAACUCUCUCUCUCUUGAAGAGUUAACGAUGUGAAAGUCUACGUUAGCGGUAUUGAUGCACUUUCCAGAAUCUUCGUACAUGUUGUCUCUAGUUAGGUGUCAAUAAGUCUUGCAUCAAGCGGUGUACUUGAAUUAGAAAAGCUGAAAGCUAUGUAUAGUAUUUAAGCGGUGCAAAGUUAUCGAGCCUUAUCCGCAAUGCGUAAAAACGCGAAUCAGCGAAUGAUUACCCUUGGUCGGACGCGUAAAUACUGGCUCGACUGGCUAACGGAGAGUUAUAUUAUCUUCCCACGCGUAGGGAAACUUUUAAGGAUCGAGCAGAGAAUAAGAGGAAACAAAAUACUCUAUAAGUUUAGGCAUGUUAUUCGUCAUCCUGUGUGCCGUCGAGUGUGCACUGAGCAUUUCGGUUCAGACUUUCCAUAGUGUUCCGCGACCGUGAUACCGCCAUACCGUGAAUGAAUCACAUCUGGUUCCAGUUCCGGUCCCGGUCCGAUGCGAAAAUCCUCGGUGUAAACUACAGGCGUCGUUAUUAGGUCUAAAGAGAUGAUUUAGUCGAUAUAGUAAUAAUAGAGUAACGACUAGUAAUAAACGCGUUUAGCGGUCGAAAAUCUUGAAAGGAGAGAGCUACGACGAGAUCGUAAAGUAGCGCAAGAAAAAUGAAAAAAAUAUUUUGCCGUGUCCGACGCGUAACGGGUCGCUGGGUAACAAAACAAAUCAGCCCCUGAUUGUGACGCAGCGGCUGGUCGACGCGACGGGACACGUAAAUCGGUGUCGUGAUCCUUAUCGUCGUGUCGUACUCAUACAUUUUUAUGUCCUCCGUAGAUAUUAGGUCCGUUUUAAGAGGAAACACCUGAGAAAAUAAAAGAGAGAGAGAUCAUUGAUAAAGAAUACCUCUGUACUGUCCUCUACGUGGUUCGAGACUGUGCAGGACCCGAACCACGCGAGCUGGACAGCAACACUCGAGAGCAAAAUGAUGUUCCAUGCUACGACGCCAUCUCGUGUAUUUGUCGCACGAUCUUUAAGAGUUAACGAUACGCAGGAUGAAUAUCGUCAGUACAGGGAGAAUUAAUCAGGAGUAUAUAUAUAAAUAUAUUCUCUCAUUAAUAUCUUAAUUUAUACCUCAAUUUAAUUGGUAUAUAUCUGUAUAUACACUCUUUGAUUAAAAGUAUAUAUAUAUGUGUGUAUAUAUACAUAUAUGUAUACGGAACACUGUUCCUGCGAGAACAGUGUCGUAUCCGCGACAUCGAUCAUCGGUGAGCGAUAAUUGUUCGCUUGUAAAUGUAGCUGAUCGUACCUUUUUACAGCUUUUGCUUGUAUAGCAAUAAUUACCGACCGGCGACCAUAGUAUUCUAUUGAUGCAUCGACGGUCGCGUCGAUAUUCUCCGUGUACUGAAUCCAGAUCGUCGUCUCCUGGUCAUCGAUCAUUUCAUUCGAAGGAAACGUCGACCGUUUCUUAUUGAAACAGGGGACUCGAUAUAACGGAGUAUCGGUGUCGGAAAUUAUCCGAUCGAUCGGGAUCGACGGUCAAUUCGUUCAUCCGCUUUCGUGCACUUAUUAUAAAUCUAGUCAGAGCGAGGAUACCGAGGAGACGAAGAUUGGCUCGGCCACGCCGAGCCACGAAGGUCAUGUUCACAUUCAAAGGAGAUGAGUUAGUCCGGCCUACGCUUAAAACAAACAAAAAAGACCGGUCGCGCGCGUUAUUUCGACCGGAAAUUACCGCUGUACCGUGUACCUAUCGUCUAGGAUUACCGUGUAUAACAAUUAUCCCGUACGUUUAAUGGAGAAAAGUAACAAAAAAA